GCGUGAGCGGGGGAGGGGCGGAGAGAGAGGGAGAUACAGAAUCGGAAGCAGGCUCCAGGCUCCGAGACAUCAGCACAGAGCCCGACGCGGGGGCUCCAACUCACCGACCGUGGGAUCGUGACCUGAGCCCGAGUCGGACGCCUAACUCAGGAAAUGGUUUCGUUAGUACGACGGCUGCAGCCCCUGCUCCUUCCACCGCAACUCUCACCCAUUUCCCUUCCGCCAAGAGAACUAGAAGGUGAACUUGGGGAGGUGUAGACCUCCAGGUGUGGGGCCAUGUUCUAGGGAGAGCAGUACUCGCGAGCAGUACUCAUCUGGAGGUGCACUGUGUACUGUGCUGUACUGGGGAGGGCUGUCAGGAAGUCCCUAGGGGUUCGAGGUGGGGGCACCCAGGAGCCAUAGGAACCAGGGUCCGAAUGAAGUCCUCGCAAUCAUUCCGUCCGCCGCCCUUCACAAAACGGGUCUCCAGACCGUAGGGUGAAAGUGGCCCAAGUUCCAAGAUGCUCCCUCUAGUGUCUUGUGCGCUCACAGCUUUUCUCCCCCCGACCUUGUAGACGCCGGGCGAUCUAAGGCCAUCCACUUGAGUGAGUCUAAGGAGCUACCAAUCAAGUCCCGCCCGCCUCUGCAGUGCCUGGGUUGGAGCUCCCUGGACCUGCGUCUGCCACUCCUUCGCUUCCUCCUCUCCCAUUGGCCGCGGGGAGAGGGAGGCAGCUUUUUUUUUUUUUUUUUUUUUUUUAUCGAUUGGGCGGGGCCCAAUCAAGGGAGGGUCGGUCGGAUCUUUGAUGUCUUUUUUUUGCCCGAUUCCAAGAUGGCGUGGAUGACCACGCUGGGAAUGCAGCGUGAAGCCGCAGGUCUGCCAUCACUCAAGAUGGCUGCCCCCAUCAAGAUGACCGGGGUGUGCCGGGGGAAAGGGGGCAGCAGGAUAGUCUGAGACGGUGUAGCGUCGGACCAUGUGGAAGUUUCUGGGACUGGGGAGUCGGAUGAUGGGGGGUGGGGCCCGUGGGGGGUAGAGGGAGCAAUAGCGUCCUUUCUCAGGCUAACCCCGGGCCCUCCCCUGUCCUCUGGACUGAAAUGGGGAACACACUGGGCCUGGCACCGAUGGGGGCUUUGCCCCGCCGGAGCCCCCGGCGAGAGGAACCUCUGCCCAACCCUGGGAGCUUCGAUGAGCUGCACCGGCUAUGCAAAGAUGUGUUCCCAGCACAGAUGGAGGGAGUGAAGCUCGUUGUCAACAAGGUUCUGAGCAGCCAUUUCCAGGUGGCUCACACCGUGCAUAUGAGUGCUCUGGGCUUGCCAGGCUAUCACCUCCACGCGGCCUACGCGGGGGACUGGCAACUUAGCCCCACUGAGGUGUUCCCCACUGUGGUAGGGGAUAUGGACAGCAGCGGCAGCCUCAACGCCCAGGUCCUGCUCCUCCUGGCAGAGCGGCUCCGAGCCAAGGCUGUCUUCCAGACACAGCAGGCCAAGUUCCUGACGUGGCAGUUCGAUGGCGAGUAUCGAGGAGAUGACUACACGGCUACUCUGACCCUGGGGAAUCCUGACCUGAUUGGGGAGUCGGUGAUCAUGGUCGCUCACUUCCUGCAGAGCCUCACCCAUCGGCUGGUGCUGGGAGGAGAGUUAGUUUAUCACCGGCGGCCAGGCGAAGAGGGGGCCAUCUUGACCCUGGCUGGGAAGUACUCGGCCCUGCACUGGGUGGCCACGUUGAAUGUGGGAUCAGGUGGGGCCCAUGCAAGUUAUUACCACAGGGCCAACGAACAGGUUCAGGUCGGGGUGGAGUUUGAGGCAAACACGAGGCUACAAGACACAACCUUCUCCUUUGGUUACCACCUGACUCUGCCCCAGGCCAACAUGGUGUUUAGAGGCUUGGUGGACAGUAACUGGUGUGUGGGUGCCGUGCUGGAGAAGAAGAUGCCCCCCUUGCCUGUCACCCUAGCCCUCGGAGCCUUCCUCAACCACUGGCGGAACAGGUUCCAUUGUGGGUUCAGCAUCACUGUGGGCUGAGGUUGUCCCAGAGCCGGCACCCGCUGAAGCUGGAGCCUCCGAGUCAGAGGUCUGAGGGCCAAGUGUGAAGAAAGCCCCAGAUGUGGCCAGGACGUCACCUGUGUGGAGUCUGUGGAUCGGGUCUUCUAGAGCAGGUUCUAGAAGGUGGGUGCGUCCUAUGGUGUAAAGCAUCCCUCUCCUGGCCAAACCGGCUCAUUGAGGAACAGCCGAGAACAAGGGGAGUGUGCCUCAGAGCCUGAAUAGAUCACAGACUUUUGGGCCAGGGGACCGGCCUGGGCCAUGAAACUGAACGACCCUGACUGCAAGGGGGAAUGAAUGAAACAUUAAUGGGCCCAACGGAGAGAAGGGGAAGGGCCAAGGAAAGAGAGCGAACGAGAGACCUGGCCGGCUGCUUGAGCCUGGAGAGGGGAUGGGUGAGACACUGGAUGUCAUCAAUCUCAGGAAUGCUGUUAUACAGAGCCUGCCAGCUCCUACUUUGCAUCUCUACCGAAUAAAAAAAAAAAAAAAUCUGGAAAAAAUCAGGUGAAACGCCCGUAGGAGCACUUUGGAUGCCAGAACUAGACGAGGCACGAGGGAAGGACUCGAGCCCCCGAGGGACCCGGUUUCCCACAGGAAGGGACAGUAAAAGCAUUCCCCCUGA